AUGGACCUAGACCAAAAUCUGGAAAAGGUUCGCUGCAGACUGGCGAAAGACUAUGGGUCUCUGCCGCGAAACAUGGACUGGAACUGGGUGUGGAGCAGUCGUCCGGAGGUCACCCCGCCGAAGAUUUACGGCUUCAGACAUCGGAAGUGGACGUCGGUUAUCACGCCUCCGAACAGCCCCACGACACCAUCGUCGAUAGAGCAGCGCUCGUUGAGCUUGAGACAUUCUAGACUAAUCGAAUGUCAGUGGUUUUCCGUGGAAGUUCUGUCGUUUUUCCUGUUGAGCAACGUGCUGGUGUUGGUUCUGGGAUUUUACGCUGGGUAA